UCCGAUCCCAGCCUCUCUCCCUCCCGACAAGCAGCUGAGCAAAAGACAGGACGGGCACCAGUACCUACUCUUAUGUUUGACUGGAAUCCUCUGUAUUGUGAGUGAGUGAGUGAGCGCGCGAGCCAAAUUUUGCAGUGAUUUUUAGUAAAAGGGGCGUGGCGCGUCUAGCCUAAUGGCCACGGGUUCAAGCCAGGCGAACACUGGGUCAAGCACGGCCAACGCACCUUUGAGUAAAAGGGAUUUAGGGACUUUACAUAAUGCUCUGUAUCCAGCAAGGAAUAGUUACAGAUCCCUUGGCCUACAAAUCGGAGUAGAGAUAGAUGAAAUUGAGAGUAUUGAAGGGAAGUACAAUGAUAACGGGGAACGAUUGCUAGCAAUACUGUCGGUACGUCUAAAGCAAGUAGAACCUCUCACAUGGAAUGACAUUGACAGGCACUCAGACUAGACUGUGUAGGUGAGAGUAAGACGGCAGAGGGCAUCCGCAAGAAAUAUCCCCAUGUUUUUACUCCUGAUCCUAGCAUUGAGAGUACCACAGACCAAGAGCUGCAUGAAAUGCAGAUGCAUGUUGCAAAAGAAGAGACGAAGAAGCGAGGAAAGAAGCGCAAGGCCGAUCGUCCUGUGUGUAGACAAGAGGAAGAUUCAAAUGAGGAGGUAAGUGGGAGGGCGAAAAGAAAGAAAACGAAAUACCUGGAACAGCAAGAAAGUGAUGAGGACUCUUCAGCAAUAAGUGGCGAAGAAAAUUAGAGUCUCAACCGACGGUAACAUGAAAGAGUAAAGAAGAAAGUAGUUUUAAUGGAGCCAUUCAAACACAAACAUCCUGAAGUGUAUGAAAGGGAAGGGAAAAGGGAAAGUAAGGCCAAAAGAAAAAGGAAGGAUAAGGGAAAAUCAUUGAGAGAUGAAUUUUCAGAAAUGCCAAGUGACAAACAUGAAUAUCAAUCCAGUGAUGAAAUCACUAUCAAAAAGGAUGAGACACCCAAGAAACACAUUUUGCCAAAACUAAAACCCGGCAAUGAAUCAAGUAGUGUGCAAAAAGAAAUGGUGAGUUCACCAUUUCACAGUGAUACAAGGAGAAAAGAGAGCCAAUAUGGCAAAAGAAAAUUCAAGGGUAAGAAAGGGAAAAUGCUCAAAAGUGAGAAAGAAUUGCGAGAAACCCAAUAUUCAGCAGCACGAAAAGCUGCAGCAGCAGCUAGUGGUGAACAAGAGCAAUAUUCACCUGAUAGAGAGGUAAGUGGAAAGCCUACUCACAUACCAAAGAGAAAGGGAGAAGUUGAAUCAGAAUCUAAGGAUGAAUCUUCUCCUACCAGUUCUAGUGAAGAAGAGACUAGUGAAGUUGCAAGUGCAACAGCAAAUGUGAAAAAAACUGUCGCACAUACAGGGCAAAUGAUUCAGACGGCAGAUGAUGAAAGAGAGAUUGAGAAUAAGAAAAGAAAGUCGAGUAAGAAACAGUCACUUCUGCAGGAAGAACAGCAUUUUGCAGACAAAGAAGGUAAGAGAGUCACCCCUGAAAUAACAACUCCCUCAAUCCCACCGAGCAAAGACAAGUACUUAGCUAAAGGAAAAGAAAAAGAAAACAUUGCUGUGAAGAAGAGAGAGAAAGAAGUGGGCAAAGCUGCAGCUAGUGGUGAGCGAGACCAACAUUCACCUGGUAGAGAGGUAAGUGGAAAGCCUACUCAGAGAAAGAAAGACGUUGAAUCAGAAUCUGACUCUGAAUCUUCUACCAGUAGUGCUAGCGAAGACGAGGCUAGUAAAGUCACAAGUCAUGCAAGUGCAACAGAAAAUGUGAAAAAAUCUAAGCUGAAGUCACAAGCAAGAGAAACUGAAAAACAUGCCGAGAAGAAGAGAGAAAAAGCGGAGUUAGCAGGAAAGAAAGCUGCGGCUGUAGAAGACAGCGCUCAAGAAGACUCUGAAGAUGAAGAAUCUGACAGAAGCGAGGACAAAGAAGACAGAGACGCAGAACAAGUGUACUCAAAUGAAGAGGAGGACACAGAACCUGAUUAUGAGUCCUUUGCUGCCACUAGUGAAGAUGAAGUUCGGAGAAAGAAUGAAAAAUCAUUGAAAAGGAUUACAAUUGCAGUAAUAAAAGGAAGACAAGAAGGGACAGCAAGAGAGACCGGAAAAGGUAAAGAAAAAGGAGUGAGGGUAACUACAAAUGCACCAGUAGGUUCACUUGGAGAGAAUGAGUCACCAGGUUAUAGAAAAGACCAGGAGAACAAGUCAUUGAAAAGAGAGCUAUCAGAUCCAGGCAAGGACCAAGAGGAACGUGAAAUUAAGUCAAAGAAAAGAAGCAGGAGGAGACACAGGGAGAAUAGCAUGAGCCCCAUGGCCAGAGGCAGCUCCUCCCCCUCCACUUCACAAGAAGAGCAAAACCAACCAAGAACCAAAGGGCUAGGUAAGCAAAAAAGACAGAAGAAAAAAGAACACCAAUCAAGAUCCUCCGAGAUUGAUGACUCCUCACCAGAGAGUGAUAGGGUGAAGAAUUUGCCAGAGGACGGGAAAAAGAAACUUGCAGGGAUUUUCACACGUUUUUUUGGAGAGCUCUGCUGUGCCAUUGUCAACCCAGUUGUAAUUGCAGCAGAACUACAAAAGAAGUGUCUCAUUUCCAAAGCAACAAUGAUUGAGAUGUUUAAAUCUCCAGAAUCUCAACAAGACAAGACCAUAGGUUUAGUUUCCCAGCUAGAAAAGAAAAUUGAUUCAGACCCUGAUUGUCUCUUUGUGUUUAUUGAAGUAUUACUACAGAAUCAAGCUCUGCAGAGUACCGGCAAUGAAAUGUUGAGAGAAACAGGUAAGGUAUGCCCUGACAGAGUGGCUGUAAAAUUCCCCAGUCAACUACCCACUACUGAUGCCAUGGGUUCCUCUAUGGGAAGAAUGGCAGAAGAAUUAUCAAUAGAAAAGAGUUCUGCCAGGAAAGAUGGCGGUAGAUCAUCUCAACAACCAAGUAUGUUUUUGGGUUUAACUCCAGUCCUGGCAGAAUAUAAGGAGUACUUACAGUCUAUUUACAAUGCUAGAGUCCUAGCUGCAGCAGACAAGUACCUUCCCACCCUAGACGCUCCCUACAUUAAUCUUGCCAUGAUUAGAAGGGGACAACCCUAUUAUCAUGAACGAAGAGAUGAGUUUACCAGGAGAACACUGCAUGGAGGAGUAGACCAGAUUCUUGAGAGUAAGAUACCUAUCAACAUUGAAGACCUACUGACUCCAAAAGACAGUGGUAGGCCAGUCAGGUUCAUUCUGGUAGAAGGUCCUCCAGGAAUUGGUAAGAGUACCUUUGCCUGGGAGGCAUGUAGGAGAUGGGAUGAGAUAGAAAGCCUCAGACAGUACCACACUGUGGUUUUGCUCAAGUUGAGGGAAAAGUGGGUCUUAAGUGCCACACAACCUUCCGAUCUCUUAAGGUUUCCACCCAAGCCCGAAUUGAGUACAAAUAUUGCAGAAGCACUUAACAAAUCGCAUGGUCGCAAUAUGUUACUGGUUUUAGAUGGGUUUGAUGAAGUCUCUCACAGUUUCCAUGAGAACUCUGUCAUAAAAAGUAUUCUGUGCAAGCAGCUUUGGCCAGAAUGCACCAUCAUUCUCACUACUAGACCGUCUGCCAAGCAUACACUCAAAAGUAUCUGCCAGCCUCGAGUUGAUAAACAUGUAGAAAUUAUUGGGUUCACAGAGGAAGAGAGAGUGAGGUAUAUCACUGAGGUCUUUUUCAAGGAACCAGAGCUUCAGGUGAAUUUCUUGAAGUACAUGUUUCAUGUCCCUCACAUAAAGUCAAUGAUGUACAUUCCACUCAACUGUGCCAUUAUAGCACAAGUCUAUUACGAGUCUCAGAGUAGCCGUCACGUUGGUAUACCAAGAACAAGAACACAGCUGUACAAGGCACUCACUCAUUCUCUUCUUGUUAGACACAUGGAAAUGAAGGAACAAAAUUAUGAUUACUCAUCUAUGUUUCCAGAAGGUCUCAACGAAGAAGAUAAGAAAGACUUUAAAACUUUGGCAAAGUUCGCUUUUUAUAGCUAUCAUGGAUUGAAAGAGGAUAUCCACCAGAUAUUAGGUCGAUCAAGUAAAAAACUAAGCAAGUCUGAAUUAUGGAAGGUAACAUUUUUCAAGGAGGAUAUCCCUGAAGGAUUAAUUCAUUUUGGUUUUAUGAACGAGUCCACUGAAAUGUACGCAGGCAAAGGAGUGGAGGAAACAUUCUCAUUUCUCCAUCUCAGCCUACAGGAAUACCUGGCAGCUUGGCACUUGGCUAAGAGCUACAGCAUUGAGUUUCAGGUGGCUUAUCAUAGGCUGGCUUGUGUACCUCAGUGUGGAAGGCCAAGUGCCACUGAUGUAUACAAAGGUGAUAACAGAGAGGAAAAAGCUCUAAUAUCUUCACUAGAACCACUAGGGAAGUCACUAGUGGAGCCAGCCAUAUUCCUGGCUGGUAUCACUGGCAUGAGAUGCCAGUCAGGGGAUGACAGGAACCACUGGGAAAUGUAUCUCAGUCUUGACAUUGCAAGUAUUGAGAGUGCCAGAAUGGUAUUGUUGCGUUCUCUCUAUGAAGCUCAGAACCAAACCAUGAGACCUCGUAUCUACAAUUGUAAUAUUGUCUCAUCAUUUCCAACACCAUAUGACUGCUAUGCUCUAUCAUACUGUGUAUCCCACCUGGACCAGUUCAACCUAACUGUAUUUAUCGAAGAUGGUGAUGAUGUGUCACUUUUGGAAACAUUUGUAAAAGGUCUUGAGGACCACCGCAAAUCUACCACACCUAAAAUUAAGUUUCUUCAUUUAAAUUGCGGUUAUGUGGCAAAUGCAUUCAACAGAUGUAUAUAUUGGUUGAAUAAAGUUGACAUAGACACAUUUUGCUUGGAAUCCACAGUUUUGAAAUAUGCUAUUGAUAACAAUCUUCUACAGUCACUCGUCAAAUUUGAAUCACUUGAGAUCGAUAAUAGUGACCUUAGAUCUUGGGAGUGGCUUCCUUCACUGAAGUCUCUCACUGAACUGAAAGCUUUGAGUAUUACUAACAUUGCCAGUGAGGAGUACAUGAGUCCUCCACCGACUGAGGAUCUUUGUUGGCUGUUGGAACAUAGACUGACAGAAAUGAAACUUGAUCUUCAAACUUCAACGGAUACCCUGGUUGACUCUGUAUUGAAAUCAGCUCUGAAGUCAAAGCAAAUCACUAAGCUGGAGUUACCAAGCAUAUCUCGUAAAGCAAUGGCUAGUGUCCAUAGUAUCAUACUACACUGUCCCAGUCUUACCACAUUGAGACUGGAGGAUACCAGACUGGGCUAUGAUGGAAUCCUCUACAUAUGUAGUGCACUCAGAUUUAACACUACAUUAAGACAUCUUGUGAUAUUGGAGGACGUGCAGAGGCCAAUACCAUACAGGUUAGGUAGAGGGCAUACUAUGUCCAUGAAAAGAGUUCCUCUGCCAGGUAAGGCUACCUGCACUGACUUCCUUCUAGAACUAAACAACAUUCUCAAGGACAACACUACUCUGGAAGAGAUAAAGAUCCAGUCUGGAUUAUUCCUCCCUCUCUCUGCUGCGUGAGGAUGAAUACUACCAGUGGACAGACUUGGGCCUCUUCAACAGUUCAAUGUGGGGGCUGUCCGUAGUGGCAUGUCUCCUAAUCUCAGGAGAUCAUUCUCAUCAUCAGACCUGACUCAGCCUCAGACUCAACUCUUCUGGGACAGACAGUUCUGGUCCAGCAACGAAGAGCAGGAAGAGCAGAUAGAACAGAAAGAAAUUGAUUUCAAGAAGCUGUUUUCCAGGAGGAAGGAGAAGGGGAAAACAUUAUUCUCCCUUCCCUCAUUCACUGCUCCAGACACUGAAGUUCUACAGUCAUUCUCUGGUCUAGACCCCCGUCUCAAGGAAUGUCUGGCGAUAUCUGAACUCGAUGAGUACGUGAAGAAUCUCAGGGAUACUUAUUCGAGAAUGUGUUUUUUCAGAUUAUACCUACCGGUAUGGACCUGAUCCACUGGCAACAUUAACCGAAAACAGAAAGUGCAUAACAUUGUAGUUGAACCCUCGGCGCGCAUGCGCAGCGAGGGUACUGUAGUUGGGUUUGUCUGUCUGUCUGUUACUCUCAAUCUCACUUCUA